UUAAAGCUUUAAAUAAUAUUGGAGAUGGGAGAAAAUAUAUUGUUAUGUUUCUUUCUUUUUUUGGCAUGUAGAUUUGGUGUAUCCAUCUAAAAUAUUGAUAUUGUUAUUUUUCUAUUUUACUCCUAAAGUGAUUAGAAUUUAGUUUCACGUCUUAAGAGAUUUUGUUAACAUUGCAAGUUUGCAACAAUAUACUGGAUGACAGUUAAAGAAAACUGAAUCACUUUAACCAAACAAAAAGACAGAAUUAUAUUUUUGUUUUUCUGAAUGGUACAAAAACAAUAAGCUACAAAUUACAGGCAAAUCAUGUUUUGAUUAGUCUUCUUAACUCUUUCAAUUAGUUGGUUUCUUCUUCGUAAAUAUGAAAUGAAUAUUGGUCGAUGGAUUUACGGUCACCCCUGAAAUAUCAGUAUGCAGCUUGGUAUCAAGGAAUCAACAAAAAGUUUCUUUUUAAGGUAAGAUAUCUUAAGAUAAAGAUAUCUUAAUCAACAAAUAUUCAAUUCCAUCUUGAAAACGAAAUUGUGUAGAAAUAUGGUUUCACACCAUUUCUUUUUGCAUUUACGUUUGUAUAUGCAUUAGUAUUUUUUUUUACAGAUAUAUACUGAAUUCAUAUAUAAAUUGUACCGUACGUAAAUGCCAAACGAAAAUAGAAGAGAAACCUUACGUUUGAGUUUGAACUUUGAAGUUUGUGUUUGUGAUGAUUUUGAUCUUUUACAAGAAAAUGAAAAUAUUCCUUUUCACGAACUACAAUAGUGCUUUAUUCAGAAAUGUGAAUUUCUCUCUCGCAUAUAAACGCAAAUACAGAUAUUUGACACGAAUACAUUUCCAUUAUUGUUAUUAAAUGUAUUCAAAUAUUUGUUCAAAAAGUCUAUUCGGGGACAUCUGAUAAAAUUGGAACGAUACAGAGAAGAUUAGCAUGGCCCUUGCGCAAGGAUGACACGCAUAAAUCGAGAAAUGAUCCAAAAAAAAAAAAAAAAAGUAUUCCAAUAAAAAUAUUUGAAUACAUUUCCAUAAACGUUAUUCAAUACUAUUUCAAUAACUUGCCUCACUUAUGCGGCUUAUGCCAAGUAUCAGAAUUCAAUAACUUGCAAGAAAUCUGGAAGUCAUGCCACAACAAGCCUCUAGGCCCUCUACUAUAAAAGCCCUCAAAAGCUCCCCAAGUUUCUUACACAACAAAAUGAAUAAGCUAAUCUUCCUUCUUCUCCUCUCUCUCGUCCUUCUCCCUCUUCACGUAUUUGUGGCGGCGCUCGGCAGCUGGAGUCCCAUCAGCGACGUUAAGGAUCCUCACAUCGUAAAGAUAGGCGAAUUCGCGGUCUCUGAGUAUAACAAACAGAGCAAAUCGGGAUUGAAGUUUGUAACAGUUGUUCGCGGUGAGUCUCAGAUAGUCUCUGGUGUGAAUUACCGGCUUGUGGUGGUGUCUAAUGAUGGCACCGACCCGAGCAAAAACUACGAGGCGAUUGUACUGGAGAAGCCGUGGCUGAAAUCAAUGAAUCUCACUUCCUUCAAGCCAGCCACUAUUAAUGGUCGCUUCCUAUGAUGAGUUUACAUGUAGUAUAUCUUUUAAAUAAUAUAGCAAAAAAAGUUAAAAUAAACAAAGGAAAUGUUCAUUUCUGUAUUAUCUGGUUUUCUGAUUUCAUGUAUGGGCAAAUGAUCUGAAGAAAUUGAUAUUAAACAA